AUGACUGGUAACCUACUCACAUGGUUGGCCGGCUUCCUCACAGGCCGACGUCAGCGUGUGUGCAUUGUUAACGUCGAAUCGGAGUGGGAAAUCGUUAACAGCGGGGUUCUGCAAAGGAGCGUCCUGGGUCCCAUCCUGUUGUUGAUAUAUGCGAACGGUUGUCAAGAUUGCCUAGCCUUUGAGAAGGUAAUGUUUGCUGAUGAUCUGCUGAUGGAAUCUGACUGUAGAUAAGAGAAUGCGCUUAACUUGUAAAACAAUUUACAUAGACUGCAACAGUGGUGGGAUGAAUGGCUCCUCAACCUCACUUUCAUCAAAUGCCAAUUCAUCUGACUAAGGUCUACUUACAGAAAGGAUUUGAGAUUUGCAUUCAGAAAAGCUCUCACAAAUUUUGGGUGCUGAAAACUCUGAUCGACUGUACCGUAGCGAUGGCGUUUGUGGUCUCUGAGUACUAUGGCCGGUCUCACCAGCUGUUCCUCAACGCCUCUACUUUGGCUAUUCCCAACUUCAUGAAAGGAAUUUGACGUCCGAACAUCUCCGAUACCGUGCAACCUCCCCCCUUCUUGACGGUCGAUAUUCUACCACCGCCGGCAGUUUUUUAUCCUGAGCCCUCCAAACCAUAAAAACCACCAUCAACUAUAUUUUUAUCCCUUUAGCUCAGGAGUUUUAUUCACUGCCGGUCGGAUUUAUGUUUAAACGCUUCCCUUGACAAUGCCUGUAAACUGGCAAUAAAUAAAAAUUUAUUUAUUUAUUUAUUUAUAUUUAUAUAUGGAUAUCUGCGUUUUCCGAAAGUCACGAAGUCGAGCUUGUAAAUGAGGUGAGACACCCAAGUGUGUGUGGAUAGCAUCGACUCUCGAACCAUUGUCUCCCACCUUAACUUUGACGAAAAGCUUUUCGGUCAACCGUUGGAACAUUCAUCGUGCCGGUUUUGGAACACGGCAUACAGGCACGGCGCCCAUGGAUGUAGCAAGAUUACACUAUCCUGGAGAAGGUGUAACAAAGGACGACCAGACUUCUCGGUGGGCUGAAGAGCCUAUCUUACGGUAAAAGGCUAAAAAGAUUCAAAUAUUAUCCCCUCUUAUAAGAAUGUACAGAGGGGACACGAUCAUGGUCUUCAAACUCGUCAGAAGAGUAGACUAUAAACUUAAAUUGGCCGGUUUUUUUAAACUAGAACAAACGAUAACUCUCCGAGGUCCCAGAGGCAAUUCCCCCGCUCUUUCCCCACUUCCAACACAGGGAGCCCUAAAGGUUCUUCCUUCCCUCCCCUGCCCCACAGCCUACCAUAUCUCGGUGCCCACCCCUCAAACGUUUGUCGCUGUCUGUUCUGUCGCGCCAGCCGACCUAGUCUGCCGAUCUCACUUUCUGGUCCGUUUAUUUCGUUUGACGACGGGUCGGUAUCACUGACUUGAAAAUUUACGAGUCCAACUCGAUUUUGCGAAGAGCCUUCCGUUUCGUGUCCUCCGGAUAGCCCGAAUGGGACACAUGAAAAUCCGUCUACAUCAGCUAGACCGAUAACUUCUCCUCUUUAAAUGGGUGCUGCAAGGUCUACAGUUAAGUCACCCGUGGCUUGGCGUAAGACUUCAAAACUAAAUCAGACUCCGAUAUAAAAGAAAGGGAGUACAGUUCCAUUUAGGGGUACGCCGCCGUCUCUUAUAUCUACCAAGUCUUUACAGCCCAGCAAGUCUACAAACCCCACAGCUCCAAUAAUAUUCGCAAAUAAUUCUCUGUCCUGCGUACCAGUUACCUAUCAAAGCCCUUCUAUAUAUCCAGCAAAUAAUUCAUACGUGAAUUGCCCUAAGUCAUUUAUGACCCAACCUAGUUCAGGCUUCCUACCACUUAAGGCCAAUUACUCUUAGGUUCGUCAACCUACCUUCGUUGAUUUUCAACCUAGACCUGGUUUCCCGCCCUUUAUUCUUAUAGCUGGCAACCCUCACUCACCAGUGUCUACUUUCCUUCUAGGCUCCCUCCUCCUCCUCCUCCUCCUCCUCCUCCUCCUCCUCCUCCUUCUCCUCCACAAUUUAA